CAGCUUCAGUAUGUUGACGGACUGAUUACGAUAGUAGAUACAGUUCGUACUACGUACUAAGCAGUAUCUUGCACUGAGGUAACACGUGAAUCGUACUCGGAAACACAUAUUUUCUUUUAAUAUCGUCAAUUUCAGUAAAAAUAUACAACAAAAAUAAGUUUAUGUGAUUAGUGAUAGUUAAGUGGACUGCGUAAAAGCUGUUGUAAAGAAUUAAAUUACUAAAAGACUCUAAGAUAACAAGGUUUUGUGUUGGUUUGAGUGGUUUCAAUUUGACUUUGACGUCACGAGAGAGAACCAAUCGGUUGGCGCCAAAGAUUAUGUAGUAAAUGCGUGUUUAUAAUUUUACAAACAUCAGACAACUGUUGCUAAGAACCAAUCUUGAAUGGGGACCACGUGAGUGAAUGUCCGAACUAUGCUUUUAAAAUGUACUGCCGAUGGGAGGCGCAUCAAAGUCAACGGGGCACCGAUCAGUCAAGGGAAUGUGGCGAGAGGCAUGAAAAUGACUAUGUCCACCACAGCGACAAUGAGCGCCCGCGUGCACAGGAAAGUGAUGCGAGCGCCGCAUAAACGCGCACACCCGGGGAAAAUGCUUCACGCCGGGAAGAUGGUGCAUCCGGGGAAAAACUUUCACGGACCGGGCAAGUUCGCGCACCUGGGCAAGUUCGGGAAACUCGGGCACUACGCACACACGCACUCUUUGCGACCGCCCGAGCCCUGCGAGAAUAGUAACGACAGCGGUCUCGGACCAGACCCGGUUAACAGAUUAUCCGAGGUAGCGGAGGAGUGGGAACAGCCGGAAACGAAAAGGCGGCGCGAGAACGAGACGGGUGUUAAGAUAGAAUGCGACGACGCUAACGAUGCGUACGCGUUCGCGCUGCCCGCUGCGCCCGCGCAUUCGCCCGCUCUGCCCGACGCUGCGCCCGCUCUCCCUAUCCCCGCGAUAAGAGCUGGUUGCAGUAUAUCUAGUCCAAGCAUAUCGGAGACACCUGGAAAACGAUUUCAGGAUCCCGCGUACAGAUCGUGUGGCAAACUGGGUAAUAGCGGCAAACUCGCUACCAAAUACGCUGGCGGAGGAAAAUUGGGUGGAAAGUUGGGCGGUAAGCUGGGUGGGAAGUAUGGAGGUAAAUUGGCGCAAGCCCUGGCCAGACGAAGAGCACUAGCAGCCAUGUCACAUUCAGGCCCACCUGGUCUAUCUGCUCCGCUUUCCUGCAAGUCUCGGGAUGGAACAGUGGAGCUACAGAUAUUAUGCCAACCCGAGACACAACACAGAGCGAGAUACCAGACAGAAGGCAGUAGGGGUGCUGUUAAGGAUAAUUCAGGAAAUGGCUUUCCCGUUGUAAAACUUAUUGGUUAUGAUAAACCAGCUGUUCUACAGGUAUUCAUUGGAACGGAUACGGGUCGCGUUGCGCCACAUAUGUUCUACCAAGCGUGCCGCGUCUCCGGAAAGAACUCGACGCCCUGCAAGGAGAGGAAAGAAGAUGGCACUGUAGUCAUCGAAAUUGACCUGGAGCCCGCCAAAAACUGGCAGGUUACGUGCGACUGCGUUGGAAUACUCAAGGAACGCAAUGUAGACGUGGAGCAUCGGUUCGGUGAAGCGCUGGGCGGAGCGAGCGGCGCCCACGCGGCGAGAGGCAAGAAAAAGUCGACGCGGUGCCGCAUGGUCUUCCGCACUGAAAUUCUGGACACCAACGGACAGCCGGAAACGCUCCAAGUGUGCUCCACACAGAUUAUUUGCACUCAACCUCCAGGCGUACCAGAAGUAUGCAGAAAGUCCCUCGUGUCGUGUCCAGCUACAGGAGGCUUGGAGUUAUACCUAUUAGGGAAGAACUUCCUUAAAGAGACCCGGGUAGUGUUUCGAUUGCUGCAAGACGGCGGCACCUGGGAGGAAGAAGUGGCGCCUGAUAAAGAGUUCCUGCAACAAACGCACCUCGUGUGCUGCGUGCCGCCCUACCAGCGGUCGGACAUCACGGAGGCGGUGUGCGUGCAGCUGUUCGUGCGCUCGGCCGGCAAGGCGUCGGAGCCGCACGCCUUCUACUACACGCCGGUCACGAGACACCCGCUGCACUGCACCACACACCCCUCGCACGCGCACCACGCGCACCACGCGCACCACGCGCACCACGCGCACAUGUCGCAAGGUGAGGAGGCGCGACCCGUGGUCUGCUGGGGCUCCGGCGGUGCGGGAGGCACUCUAAUGCCGCCACCGCAGGCACCCGCUCGACGACCAUCACUCAUCGUACCUGACCCUCAUUCACCUUUGGGCCUUAAGAGUGAGGUAACGGAUGACUCCAGUCAGCACUCGCUGAUAGAUGGCUCAGAAAGCUGCUCGGAGGGCGAAAAACCACUUCCCGACGACCUCAACGUCAUGGACUUGCGCCUCAAGUCCGAAACCAUCGCCCGGGACGGGCAAUCGCAGGUUACCUAUGGCAGCGGUUACGAUUCUAUCAAGUUAUCUCCGACCACUCCCUCCCAGACCGAGUCUCCUUCGCUCAUGGUCUCUUUUACGCAGCAACUACAAGCCAUUCAGAACCAGGUCCAGACUGAUAAAAUGGUUGAGUCAGUUACGGCCGCCAUUUUCAACUCUGAUAACGGUGGUCAAAUAUAUGACCAGCCCAUACUACCGAUGAACACGAUGGAUACGAUGCAGCAACUCAUUUCUGCGAAAACGGCGAUGGAUCCCCUGGAAUCGGACAUGAAAGUACUCAACUCUGAACUAAUGAUGACAGACUCGAGAAUGCAAUCAACAGUGUUGCAGUCAACAAACGAGCAGAGACUCAUGGUGUACAACCAGGUGCAGCAAGAAAGAGAGGAAAGUUUUAACCCAUUCGGUGCUAUAACAAAAAUGGAAGCUACGCAGAUCAAACAAAGAUUGGCUCAGCAGACCGCUCACAUGGAAGCGCUGGUGGAGGAUGCCAUGAAAGCAACGGCGGCCAUGCUCCCAGCGGACGCCGCCAAGCUAGACGAGCUGGUCAACUCCAGGGUAGACGACCACCUGUCCGGGUCCGCAACCUCCCCUUCUACGGCUUCGCACGCGUCUGACGUCAUACUCAGUCCAAAUGCGGCGGUCGUCUCUCGGAACUCCGCGACCGAACUCCUGCCCCCGAUGUCGACGUCCGCCAUUCCCCCAGACGUGAUCCUGAAUCCGCAGGUGUCGCCGAGCAUGCUCUGCGACAACAACCAACGCAUAGUGCUCCCAAACGGCCCCUCGCAGGAUGACCUCAUGAUGAUGCCUGACAUACCCACAUCGGUGAAGACGCCGCCCGCCGCCGUCAAGUCGAUGAUUCUGAACGCGGCGGCCGAGAUCUUGACAUCGGACACGACGAUGAACGCGCUUGUCACGUCGGCCAUCAACACGGCCAACAUCCUGUCCACGGAGAACGCGGGGGGCGGUGGCAUGCAGACGACGGACGCGCAGCCGCCGGCCGAGCCCGCGGGGGAGGCUCCGCUGGCCGCCAUGUCGCAGGCCGUGUCGCAGGCCGUGACGCAGGCCGUCUCGCAGGCCGUCUCGCAGGCCGUGUCGCAAGCCGUGUCGCAGGAGAUGACGGCGCCCGUGCAGGGUCUCACCGACAUGAGCGACCAGGACCUGCUCUCCUACAUCAACCCCAGCACCUUCGACCAAGUGUGAGGUGCCGCACUAAUGCAUUUCGUAGCGAGUACGGGCUCAAAGCAGUUUAUAUGUGAAUUAUUAAUAAGUGUAACUAAAUAGUUUAAAUUAAGGCAUUAUAAUCUCUAUGUGUGGUAUAUAUAACUGGUUUUCGUGUUAUAUUGUCAAUAGAACGUUUGGGUCAAUUAAUACAUGUGAGUCAGUAUUACAGGGCUAAUAAAUAAAGGCACAUGCGUUGUUUAGUGGAAAACCAUAGAUUAAGUUAACUGUCAAAAAAUAGAACAUUUUAACCUAUUACAAAUAACAAAGGCAUCAAAUUAUUUCGAAAAUUAUUGUUUUCAAUAAAGACUGCUGAAUUUUGCUUGUACAUCUUUCUUUUUAUUGUAAUCAAAUUAAUUCGUUAACAUAUAUGUUAUAAUGUGAGUUUUUUUUUGUUUUCUAGAAAUUUCUUUGGUGUUCUGUUAAUGAAGGGAUGUCCUAAAAGGUUAAUUGUAUGUAUUUUAUGAAUGUUUAAAUUUUAUAAAUGUUGAUAUAUGAAUGAUUGUAUCAAGUUUUAUGAUUUCGAAUUUUAUUAUGUAAAUAGUUGAUAGAUUUGUAUUUAUGACGUAUUUUUGAAGUGCGGUGGCGGCCAUCUUAUCAAUAAAAGAGAAUUUAUUAUAUUAGAUACAUAAAUAAAAUCAUUUCACAAUAACGGAAAUAGUUUUACAUUGCUUCCUAUGAAAUGGAACACAAAAUGACAAUUUUUAACGUAGAAAGAUUUUUAGUAUUCUUUUAGAAAUAUAAAAACGAUUUUAAGGUAGCCGUCAAAACCGCUUGUAUUAAAACUCCAUUGUGUACACUUGCCUUUAUUAAAUACCGCGAAUCAAUAUUAUGAAUACUAUGUUUUUGUUAUUUACAAUAAUUGCACAAAUGUUUCAAUAAUAAAAAAAAACAGAAAGGCAAUGUAGGCAGUGGGUAAAAGUAUGAACGUUAGACCUACUGUUCACUGACGUACACUACACUGCAUUGACUGCAACGUAAAUAGAAAUUUGUGUUUUUUUGCGUAUAGCGAGUGUAUUUCGUAUGUCAUUUAUUGUGUGGUGCAUCUCUGAGUACUUGCUGAUGUACAGUGAACUUAAGUGAUUUAACAUUAGCAUUAGUUUAUUCGUAAGAUUAAGGCGACGUUACAUGGCGAUUUGAGUAGAAAUUAUGGUAAUAUACAUUUAUAUCAAUGCAUACAUAUAUAUUUUUACUUAUUUACUUUUGGUUGAAUAAAUUGGCAUAUACAAUAAACCAAAAAAUAAUUACUAGAUAUUUCACGUCGUCAACUUUAAUUAUAACUUUAAUCAAAUCGCAAUGUCAUGUAGCCUAAAGGACAACAGUACUGAUGUGAUAGAGCAAAGAUUAUAUAAACGUAGUAUAUUAUGUAUACAUACAGUUCAUAUUUGUAGGUAAAGUCGAAUGCUACAUAUUAAAUGUGCCAUUUACUAUAUGUAACCUAAUUAUAGAUAGUGUAGGCGUAACGCGAAUACUUCGAUGUCAUCGGAUGAUUGUUUUUGGCCGACAAAAACUGCUACAAUAGAAAGCAGAUUCAUCAUAACUUAAAUGUUUAUUGCAAGGCUUUGCGUGUUAUUUGUUAACAUUUUAUUCCUAAAAAUGUCAUAGAUAUCUGUCAACUUUGACCUUUGACGUUUCAUUAGGGACAUCUAGAUUGGUGUUUUAUAACAACGUAUUUAACAAAAAAAUACUCCCUAUUUUACAAUAUUUAUAUUCUUUAAAUUUAAUUUGAAAGUACUUAUUCAACAGACUAUUUUAUUUCGAUAAAUUAUUUAAAAAAAAAACACAAUAAUUUGUAAAACUUUUUUCAAAUACAAUAUUUAAUAAUAGCAAGAAUUAUUCUGGAGAUUUUUCGGCAAUGAUGGAUCUGGCUAGAUUUAUAUGUAUUACAUGGGUCGAUGUUUGGAAAAUCUUUUUGAUAAAUCAUUAUUGAAUGCAGAUCAAUUAAUUACAUAUAUAGGGACCAUGUCGAACAAUAUUCCAUAUUAUACAAUUUAGAAAUUAUAACAGUUUUUAUAUAAAAUAUACAAUUAUUUUAAUAGUCUUUACCAUGUUAAAUGUGUAACAUGUUUUUUCACAAAUAGAUAGUUUACAGUUUUAAAUAAUAUUUAUAGUAUUUUGUACAAGAGAAAAAAUUGGUAACUGAAUCUCUACUAGCAGGUCUACAAGUGUUAUAAAAUAAAAACAAAAAAUAUUUCUGUAUUUGUAAGUAAACAAAUAAACUAUUUAAAAAACCUUAAACUAUUAUGAUGAAUUAUUUUAUAAUUAUAUAUAUUGUUUACCUUUUAUUGAUAAAUAUUGUACAUUAAAAUUUAGAUAUUUGUAAAAAGUUUUAAAACUAUUUUUGACUUAUUAUCGAAUGUUAUUUUUUUAUUUCAUUAAAAUGUGUUAUAUAUAAAAAUAUAAAUUGUUACUAAAAUUUUAUAGAUAGCAAGUUGUAUGUAUUCAUAAUGUAUAAAAUUUAUAAUUUACUUAUAAUGAACACAUCACAUUUUUAUAAUUAUUAUCUGUCUUCCAUGUUUAUUUUUGAAACGCGGAAAAAGUCUAAUGCACUUGACAACGAAGAAAAGAAGAUAAUGAUUGUUAAUUAUUUAUUGUGGAACUUACGACUUAUAACUAUUCAUCUAAACAUUCGUUGUGCGUAGUCAUUUUUUCUUGAUUCUUACAAAAUAAUUCCUUUUUGGACUACAUGCGCAGUGCAUGAGUGAUAUUUGUGAUAGUGCAUGCAAUUUUGUAUUGAAUUAAUAGAAAGUUGAAGCUUUUAAUUAUAUGGACAAUGUAAAGAUUUGUUCAGUGUGCUGCGUAGCAUAGAUCUCUAGUCGGUCUAAUUCAAUGCAACUUGCCGAGGUUUACGAUGAUCAUCUAUAUGUUAUUUGUUUUGAUGUAAUUGAUUAAAUGUUAUACAAAA